AAAAGUUCAGUCUUUGCUCUUCUCUGCCGUCGUGGUGUGUGUGGCUGACCGUUUCUCGCCAUGUCUUCUCACAAGUCUUUCAGGAUCAAGCGAUUCCUGGCCAAGAAACAAAAGCAGAAUCGUCCCAUUACCCGGUGGAUUCAGAUGAAAACUGGUAAUAAAAUCCGAUACAACUCCAAGAGGCGGCUUUGGAGAAGAACGAAGCUGGGUCCGUAAGGGAUCGAACAUGAGAUGGCACACAUUUAUGCUGCCUGAAA